AUGCGGGAAAAGAUAUCAGUCAAGAACACCUUCAUUCAGAUUAAGUACGAGGAGGCAGAGCAGCCGCGAGCAAAGAAAAGGAGCGACAGCGCUGACGGUCGGCUGGAGUUGAACGAGGACAUCGAGAAAAGUGGACCUGCCAGCGAUCAGGCGCAGCAAGCUGACACGGUGUGCGAUACCGAAGUCGGAGCGGGGACGACAAGAAGCGUUACAGAAGGACCAGAAGGUCUGGGGAACAUGGAGGUGAUGCUUCCACAGCACCAGCAGCAGACACCGCUUUUGGUGUAUUUCCUUAUGCCAGUGCAGGCGGUCUGGUUCCUGGCACAGCAGAUUCGCACCCCUCCAUCGUGUAGGCAAGGGCUGGCUGCCAUUGGACUCCGCCGGACUCGAGGGCCAGGGCCAGAUGACACGGACGACCACUUGUGCGUGCCUGACCAAUUUCGGGGGCAGUUUCCCUGGCGCCCGCAGCUGCAACGCCACCGCUCCUACAUCUUGGCGCCUGUCAGCAUGCUGCCCGCCAUCGAGGCAGUGCAACAAGACGUGAUCCGUAAUGCGGGGUCGCGUGACGAGAAAAAGGUUGGCCUCAAGCAACGCACUAUGAUGGGGGGCACCUUGGAUGAGCUUGUAAACAUUGUCUAUAACCGAAAUUAA